AGGCAAUUAUUGUUUCGGCUCGUUUUCUGGCUACUGGUUUGGUGUAUAUAACAUCUUAGCCCGCCCUCAGGCCCCAACCCACAGGGAACGAUUUGGAGCCAAGUGGAGGCUUUUUGGCCAGGUUUGCUGAGGGAUACAAACACUUUUCGCUGCCCAGAGCCACUGGACAAACAUAGCCUCCCUGCAGCCUUCAACUCCCCUUUGCUGUAUGAGUGCAAUCUUAUCUCACUGCAAUCCUCACCCUACUGCUGGCUAGGAUGAGGCAAGUGGUUUCCCACUAGAGGACAGUGACACCCCAGUCCCCAUGUGAUGCUUCUUCCAUCCUGGUCACUCCGUACUGACUCAUUUUUCUUGGCCAUGUGUCAUUACACCAGGAUUUCUCCACUAGCAGUAAGAGCCAAGGAGGUGCAAAGCCUGGGCAGCACUGGAGUGGGGUUACUCUUGGACUGUCUGUACCAGCUUUGCCUUCUCACAUCAGGAAUUGCCAGCAUUUGCUGACCUUCGUUUUGGCUUUGAGUCCUUGCUCCCUGGUGCCAGGUGCCUUGGUUUCCUACCGUGGGUCACCCAGCGGCUGCCUCCAACAUCCUUUCUGAGAGUGACGAGGCACCGGAGCAUGGAGAGCUUACGGGCAGGGCUGGGGCACAUCUCUGCUGCUUGGUUGAGUGUCUGUGCCUACUGUGAAGACUUUCUGUUCCCAAGGGUGAGCAGGAUGGCGGCAGAUCUGUGGUGCAUUUACUCCAAGCCGGUCCCUGCAGGCAGCAGGGAGCUGUGGGCCUUGUUCCUGCAGUGCUCCUGCCUCACCGCUGUGGUCGGAGGCCUCUUCUACAACUGGCUCUUUGCCUCCCUGGAGUACUCCUGGCACCUUGCUGUGGCCAUGGCUGUCUCCUUCAGCCUGCUCCUCCUCCUGACCCUGUUCCUGGUGCACCCUGCCCGCUGUGUCUUCAGCAUGAUCAUGCCCACGUUGGGCACCAAGCAAGGUCGGAAGCUCCUCUUGUCGACCUGCAUCAUGAUUGUGGCGGUUAAUGUGACCCCAAACAUCGUGAGCAACAUUAAAACCAUUCUGCAGGUCAUCAAGUGCAUCUGCAAGAAUUCCUCCGAGAGCUUGCUGAACUCGACUGCUCUGUUGGGGACAGCUUCCUGGGAGUUUGGGGAGGAGAUCCAAGCAGCCGGUAACUCCAUUAAUAUUUGGAGGCCUAUGAACGGGCAUUUUAGGUUUUCACUGCUUCACAACAGCUCCCUGAUUAACCAGCAGAUGCACCUGGCUGGUGAGAAGGUCAGGAGGGACUUUUUGGCUGUUGAAGAACUGGUCAAAGACUCCGUACGAGUGGGCAACAAACUGGUUGCUGGCUUUUCCGUGCUCUACCUCUGCUUUGAGUCUGCGUGGUAUCUGAAAAAUUACCUCACCAACCUCCGCUUUGACAAUUUUUACAUCACCAAGAAGCUGGAGCGUUUAGCUGUGGACAGAAAAACUCCUCACCUGCUGGGGGGCUCGUCCAAAAACCUCAUUCGGCCCACGGGCCUGAAGUUGUCCCGGGAAGAAGUGCUGCUGUGCCUGGUGCAGGCCCUGCGCCUCACUGUGGCCCUGACGCUGAUGCUGGUGGUGGUGGCAAUGGACCACGUCGCCUUCAGAGUGGCAGACACAGCCGUGAGGAAGGUUGCUCAUCUCUCCGUGGUGCCCGUCACGCUCAGCAUCAAAUACAGCGCUAAAAUACAGCUCCUGCCUUUUAUACUGAGUCUGCUUCAGCUCCCUGACAUAGAAUCAACCCUGCGGGACUUUGAGAAGAGUUACCAUCACUACCUGACCUUCAGCUCUGCCCGCUGCAGCAUCAGCCCCCCGCUGCCCCCCAACCCCUCUGUGCUGUUUGUCAUGGUGCUGCUCUUCUGCAUCAUCUAUGCCACCGUGUUUCUGGAAACCUACGCACGCCGCCUGUGCAGGAAAAUCGCGGCCUCCUUCUUCGAGAGCCGGGAGGAAGAGCGAGCACUUUACCUCUACAGCAAGCUGUCCAGGAAGCAUGCGGAGGAGCAAAGCUGUCCAAAAAACUGAGGCCUCUUUGGGAAACACGAGGAAACACCUUGUGGCAGUGGCUGGGUGCAGGCUUCUGCAAAGGGAUCACCAAAUUCAUUUUUUUUUAGAGUCAGAGAAGUGGUUGGAAUCCAGGAAAAAUAUUUGGGAAAAAAAAAAAAAAAGAGAGAGAGAGAGAGAGAGAGAGAGAGAAUGAGAGAGA